AUGACAUUUGAGUACUUCCUUAACUCCUCUCGAGUACCUGGACCUCAUCUUGGGCCGGAAAUCGGUCCUGAUCGGAGGAGAUUGCGCUUCCGAUCCAGUUCGCAGCAAGCCUUGCUUCGGCCUCUCUGGGCGGCUGUGUCGAGAUUUCGCGAUUCGAGCUUGGACCUGCUCAAACUUUCGCUCUUUUUGGGCAGCGGGUGGAGGCCACGUCGAGGCGUGAAACAAUGCAUUUGUUUAGGACUCGAUGGUCAAUUGGCAAUUUCUGCUUAG